AUGUCCAUCUCCCACCCAACGCCUCCUCUCCUCCUCACAAAGCGCCUCACGGCCUUCCUCAACGCGAACCGAACACCCCAGCUCCCCACGCUUCUCCUCACGAGUCCUCACGGCAAGCUCCUCGCCCAUGCGAGCCCGCACCCCGUCGCUUCACUUCGAACGCACGCCACCGUUGCCGCAUCGCUCCUAGCAAUACACUCUACCUCCGCGCCCGCGCUCGCCGCAUCGUUACCCGGUUCGCGCACGCCUGAUCCCAUCGGCAGCUCGCCGCCCGAGGAGGAGGACUUGGAAGAGGACACAGAUCGCUUGUCGCAGAGCCAGCAACUCGAUUCACACAAGUCAGGCAAGGGAAGAGGCAUCAAGCCAGCUACUGUCACCGUCCAGCUUACGAGCGGGACUGUUGUCAUACGUCGGUUGAAAUGUGGCCUUCUCUUCGUUUGCGUGGGACCUGCGAACCCGGAUGCUCUGGAGCACGGCAUGCCUAACCUGCACGAUCUUCAUGUUUCUGCUGGCGAUGCGUCGCAUGUUGGCAGUCCCGAUGGCGCAGAUAGCGUUUUGAGUACCGGCGCGCAGACAACAGCCAGUCUUGAGAGCACUGCAGGUUCUGCCGCUGCGGUAGCUGCUCUUCGUCGCCAUGCUGCUGAGCUGGCGCGUUGGCUUGACGACAAGCUGGGCACGCUCACCGUUCCAGAGGAGGGCGUAGGUGUGGAAUGA